CUUCUUGUGGGCACUUAACAUUGGACUUCCAUAAUAGCAAUGAAACAUGUCACUUAUAUUGAAGUUGUAAAGGCUGUUUGUCACUUUCCAGUUUCCAUUAGAUAUGGCGACGGAGAUGCUAAUUCAAUUAGGGAUUCUGGUGUUCACACUGGGAAUAUUCUACUCCAUUUACAAUCUUCCGAAACGAGCUUUUACCCGAAUCCGAUUCAAAGACCGAUCGGACAAUCAAGCUCACCAGCAUUUCAUUCAGGGGGCGCAAUUACUAUCACGAGCCCGAUCCACGCGGAGCAAGUCCACCUCCUUGAAGUUCGCCAAGGCGGCCGGCGGCGAGGCCGAUAAGGCGCUGGCACUCGAUCCCAGGGAUCCGGCGGCCCUAAUUCUCAAGGCACUUGUGUUGGACCUUAUGGGCCACAAGACCGCGGCGCUGAAAUCGCUGGAUUCCGCGCUGUCUCCGCCGGGCGUGAAGGAGCUGUCGGAGAGGGAAAGAGGGGACGCUUUGUUCAAGCGGGCGGAGUUGCAGGUGGCGCUUAAUCGGAGGAGAAGAGUGGCCUCUGCGGUGGCGGACCUGGAGCAGGCCGUGAAGCUCAGCCCGGAUAAUGCCAACGCCUAUUGCCUAUUGGGCCGCUGUUACGAGAUAGAGGGCCUCAAGGAAGAAGCUCGGAGGUCCCUUCAACACGCACUCAAGAUCGAACCUGACUUGGCUUCGGCCCGUGAGGGGAUGGCUCGUUUAGGCCCAAACUGUAUUGUUUAGCACAGAUUUUGAAAUAUUCUAGCCCGUUGGGUUCUCUCUCUCUCUUUUCUUUUCUUAAAUCUUUUUAGUAUUUCUAUUUGAAUAUUUUUCAUGAAAAA